UGGCAGUGUUUAUUACUUCAACUUCCCUUCAAGCUUCUCUGUCGUGUUCUUAGUAGUAAAAGCUGUGAUAAAAAGUGAUAAAAUGGACAGGUUUGAGUGGGGAAAUGGAAGCAUGCUCCAAGGUGAAACACAAGUGAAACAGCAACAUGGAGUAAGACUUCACGACGGCACGAACAAGACUGCAUUUGAUCGAGGCAUAUUAACGCUCACAACUCAUAGAGUGAUCUGGACAGACUCAAUUCAACAGACCACGCUCAUCAACCUGUCUUUGGCGCUAGUAGUGUACAUUGAAGAGGUUCCAGAUGGAAAAGGCAAAAGUCCUCGGAUUGCCAUUCAUCUGCACCCGUCUCCGUCCAACAAACCACCAGGUCCUGUCAUGAUGAGUGGACAUUCCUUCAUUCAAUUGACGUUCAAAGAGUCUGGAGAAACCGAGUUUUUCAGAUGCCUGACAGAAGAAUUAUCUAAGAGGAGAUGGGAAUAUAUGACGCCAGCGCCAAGACCUGGUGGGAAGCAUCAUCAACCCAAAGCCAUCCACGCUGGUAUCGUUGGCAUCGAGAGAAACUUGGAGAAAAAAUGGAAAGACACAGACCAAACAAUAUCCAAAGCGUUUGAAGAUUUAAACAAACUAAUGGAAAAGGCAAAAGAAAUGGUGGACCUUUCUAGAACAAUAGCUAACAAGAUUAAAGAUAAACAAGGAAGCAUAACCGAAGAUGAGACAGUGCAAUUCAAGUCCUACUUGUUAAGUCUUGGUAUCGCUAAUCCAGUUACUAGAGAGACCCAUGGUUCAGGUACUAAGUACCACGAGGAACUGGCUAAGCAGCUUGCUGAUGUUUUAACGACACAGAUUGAGGAGAGUGGUGGCAUGAUGUCCUUAUCGGAUGUGUACUGCAGAAUCAAUAGAGCAAGAGGAAUGGAGCUACUUUCUCCUGAUGAUCUUGUGGAUGCCUGCCGACAAUUUGAGCGACUGAGGCUACCCCUCAGGUUACGAGAAUUCAGCAGUGGUGUCAUGGUGAUUGAACUGGUAUCCAAGGGAGAGGAGGCCGUAAUCAGACAAACUGCUGAACUGAUGACACAGAAAGGUUCCCUGACUCCAGAUGAGUUAUCACAGAGUGCAGGUGUAUCAAUUCUUCUAGCAAAAGGAAGGCUCUUGGCAGCGGAGGAAGCUGGGCAAGCAUGCAGGGACGAGUCUGUCGAAGGAAUCCGAUUCUUUCCAAAUCUUUUCCUCAAUCCGCCGGCGAGAUGAUAUUCCAACUGUUCUUCUUUAAUGCGAGACUUUUCUCUCGAGGGCGCUUUAUAGCAGAUUCACCUAGCUGUAGACCUUUCUAUCACAUCUUCACAGCUUGAAUUUUUGCCAAUGGAGGGUGGAAAAUGAUGGAAAGCCAUAAACAAAACCAGAUGGUCACAGUAUGUAUUGUAACAAUGUCACACUAUUCAAAAAUAGUUAGAUUUGUUGGAAACAAAGCAACCAAUCUUGGGAGGUAUUUUAUUUAAUUGAAAGUUUGCAGAAAAUUUGAAUUCGAUCAGAACAACUGGCCCAAUUUCAUUAUACAAUUCUGCGCUGUCGCAAAGCAUAUUUCACGUGUUAGAUGGGAAUUUUGGGUUGAGCGCGUGCGUACUCCACGUUACUGGGCAUUUUACGCCAACACAGCUAGCACACUGAAAUGCACACAGAACUGCAUUACGGAACGAGAACUGUGCAAACAUCUUCUACGAAACGCAAGCCUAGAUAACCCUACUGGUACGCAUUCUAUAUUUGCCUUGUCUUUCAGCAUUGCCUCCUGCGUUGCUAUAGAAAUGAGACGACAGCGAGAAGACCAUUUAAUCAUGGAUGCAGUAUUUUGGGAGCCAAUGUCUGUGUGGGUGGUACAGUGCCCAUUUUUUUUAAUGUUUAAACUUGAAUCCCAAAAUGGCAAGCUAGGAAAUAAAAAUGACACCACUAUGUACAAAAUAAAGACACUAACAAUGUAUUAAGUUAUGAAUGCAUUCAAAUGUACAAAAUAAAUGUUUUAAUGUACAGCUAUUUACA